CAGCCAGUGCGUCAGUGUGAUACAUUGUCUGUCUCCAGCGCAAAGGCAAAAGAGGAAGAAGAAAAGCUAGAGAGAGACAGAGGGGGAAGAGGGAGGUUGCCAUUGAUAGAGACCACGAGCUGUUCUCGAAGACACCGCCUCUGCUCUGCAGCAGCUGCUCCUGACUUGCUCCCCGGAUCUCGGCGCUGCCAUUGCCGUUGCCACUGCCCCCUCUGCUCACCUGAUGUUCUUGCUCCUAGCUCUGGAGGCGCUUGGAUCGCGUUGAUUCGAGCUCUGUCCGUGCUUCCAUUGUUCGAUCAAUUUGCAUCCGCAUUUCAAGGUGUUGGUGCUUGAAUGCAGAAUUGGGCACUGGCAAAAGGACUAGAGAUUGGAUUGCUCAGAGAAAUUGGAGAUGGAGAAGAGGGGUGGCCCUGCAUCGCAGUCGCCCAAGUCAACCGAGAAGUCUGGGAAAGACUUGAGAUCCGGGGAUGCUAAUGGCGGCGCAAACACUAGCAGCAACGCCACCCCGAAAGGCGAUAAGGAGAAGGGAGUCAAUGUGCAAGUCAUCCUUAGAUGCAGGCCCCUGAGUGACGAUGAGACAAAGUCGAAUACUCCGGUGGUAAUUUCGUGCAACGAGCGCCGUCGGGAGGUUGCUGCUACUCAGGUUAUCGCCAAUAAGCAGAUCGACCGUACUUUUGCCUUCGACAAGGUGUUUGGGCCAUCAUCAAAGCAGAAGGAUUUGUUUGAACAGUCUAUCUCACCAAUAGUGUAUGAGGUCCUUGAGGGCUAUAAUUGCACAAUUUUUGCUUAUGGGCAAACCGGUACGGGUAAAACCUAUACAAUGGAGGGAGGUGGAACUAGAAAGACCAAGAAUGCUGAACUCCCAACUGAUGCUGGAGUUAUCCCAAGGUCUGUCAGGCAAAUCUUUGACAUUCUUGAGGCCCAGUGCGCGGAGUAUAGCAUGAAAGUCACCUUUCUUGAGCUUUACAAUGAAGAGAUCACUGAUCUGUUGGCUCCUGAAGAACCAAAGUUCCCUGUGUUGCCUGUUUCUGAGGACAAGACAAAAAAGCCUAUUGCCCUUAUGGAAGAUGGCAAGGGUGGUGUUUUUGUGAGAGGGCUUGAAGAAGAAAUUGUGUACUCCGCUGGUGAAAUCUACAAGAUUCUUGACAAGGGUUCUGCAAAGAGGCGCACUGCAGAGACAUUGCUGAACAAGCAAAGCAGUAGGUCACACUCCAUAUUCUCAAUCACAAUUCAUAUUAAGGAAUUGACUCAUGAGGGCGAGGAGAUGAUCAAAAUUGGGAAGCUCAAUCUUGUCGAUCUAGCUGGUUCAGAAAAUAUAUCACGCUCAGGUGCUAGAGAUGGCAGAGCGAGAGAGGCUGGGGAGAUCAACAAGAGUUUGCUGACACUCGGUCGUGUUAUCAAUGCUCUAGUUGAGCACUCUGGGCAUGUCCCAUAUAGAGAUAGCAAACUGACAAGAUUACUGCGAGAUUCAUUGGGGGGGAAAACAAAGACUUGCAUAAUUGCUACAAUAUCACCUUCAGUAUAUUGCUUGGAAGAGACGUUGAGUACACUUGAUUAUGCGCAUCGUGCAAAAAAUAUCAGAAACAAGCCCGAGGUGAACCAAAAGAUGAUGAAAACUGCUGUGAUCAAGGACUUGUACUCCGAAAUUGACCGCCUUAAGCAAGAAGUGUUUGCGGCAAGAGAGAAGAAUGGUAUAUACAUUCCAAGAGAGCGCUACCUCCAAGAGGAAGCUGAGAAAAAGGCCAUGACGGAGAAAAUUGAAAAACUAGGGGCUGAUUUAGAGGCUAGGGAUAAGCAAUUGGUUGAACUAAAAGAGCUUUAUGAUGCCCAAAAACAUCUGAGCACAGAGUUGGGUGAAAAACUCGAAAAGACUCAGAAAGACCUGGAGGAUACCAGGAAUGCUCUGCAUGAUCUAGAAGAAAAAUACAAUGAAGCAAAGUCUACUAUCAAAGAAAAAGAAUAUGUCAUAUUUAAUCUUCUGAAUUCAGAAAAAUCACUAGUAGACUGCGCAUAUAACCUUCGUGCAGAAUUAGAAAACGCAGCAGCAGAUGUUUCUGGGCUAUUCUCCAAAAUAGAGCGUAAAGACAAGAUAGAAGAUGGAAACAGGUCACUUGUGCAGAAAUUUAGGUCCCAACUUACACAAGAGCUUGAGGCCUUGCAUAAAACCGUCUCCUCUUCCGUUGUGCAGCAGGAGGAUCACCUCAAAGAAAUGGAAGAUGAUAUGCAAGCCUUCGUAUCUUCAAAAGAUGAGGCUGCACAAGGGCUAAAGGAGAGCAUACAAAACCUGAAAGCGCUGCAUGGUUCAGGUAUUACAUCUUUAGAUAAUUUAGCAGGAGAAAUUGACAUGAAUUCUCAGACAACAUUUGAGAAGUUGAACUCACAAGUACAAUCACACACGAAGGCUAUUGAGAACUGCUUUGGAGUAAUUGCUUUGGGAGCAGACAACUUGUUGAAUGAGCUGCAGUGUAGCCUUUCGAAACAAGAAGAGAGACUAGCGCAAUUUGCAAAGAAGCAGCGGGAGGGACACCUAAGAGCUGUGGAAGCAUCACGGUCCAUAUCAAAGAUCACUACUGGUUUCUUCCACUCAUUGGAUGUUCAUGCAUCUCAGCUCACCAGCAUUUUGGAAGAAACUCAAACUGUGCAAGAUCAACAACUUCUUGAUCUUGAGAAGAAAUUUGAGGAGUGUGCAGCUAAUGAAGAAAAGCAACUCCUAGAGAAGGUGGCAGAGAUGCUUGCAAGUUCCAAUGCAAGAAAAAAGAAGCUGGUCCAAACAGCUGUAGGUAGCCUUCGAGAGAGUGCUGUAAACCGGACAAGUCACCUGCAGAAGGAAAUUUUGACGGCCCAGGACUUGACCUCAUCCGUGCGGGAAAAGUGGGGCUUUUACAUGGAAGAAACCGAGAAGAAUUAUAUUGAAGAUGCCACUGCAGUGGACACUGGACGGUCUUGCUUGGCAGAAGUUCUUGUAGAAUGCAAGGCAAAGACGGACAUGGGUGCGCAACAAUGGAAGAAUGCUGAGGAUUCUCUUUUCAGCCUUGGCAAAGGAAAUGUGGCAACAGUAGAUAGUAUAGUCAGGACUGGAAGAGAGGCCAACCAAUUGUUGCGUUCCAAAUUGUCGUCAGCAGUAUCGACAACUCUUCAAGAUAUAGAUAUAGCAAACAAGGCCCUUCUUUCUUCCAUUGACAGUUCGCUGAAGGUCGACCACGACGCGUGCACAAACAUUGUUUCCAUUAUCACGCCGUGCCACGGGGAGGUAACGGAGUUGAAGGACGCACAUUACCAUAAGGUUGUGGAAAUAACCGGAAAUGCCGGAAAAUGCCUAGAGGAAGAAUAUCUGGUUGAUGAGCCGUCGUGUUCGACACCGAGGAGGCGGCAGAUUGACCUCCCAAGCGCCAAAUCGAUUGAGGAGCUCCGAACCCCGGACUAUGAUGAGCUUCUCAGAUCAUUCCGGGAGUCGAGUGCUGGAUGGAAGCAGGCAAAUGGAGACACAAAACAUGUAUCGGAGGAGGCACAAGAACCAGCAUCGCCAUCAUCAGUCAAGAGGGAUGCAAGAGUUCCCCUUGUAGCAAGAAAUUAGAUUCAUCCAAAGCAUGUACAAAGGAGCCAUUUUAUUUAGUUUACGUUUACCAGUUGAUUUGCUGUUGAUAGUGUCAUCCAUUUCAUUAAUUACUGUUUUUGGUGAAGAGACUUGUUAUUGUUAGGCUGGUCAUCAGUACAGAAUAUGUACUUACAUUGCAUCGCUGGAUCUAAUGUAAUAUAUAUAUUUACAUAGGCA